UAAAUUUAUUAAAGAACUUAAAAUUCGUAUAAAGAUAACACAUAACAAACCCAACUUUUGUGUAAUUUCAAAGGAUUGAAAAGUGAGGUUAAAAAAAACAGAUAUAUAUCGACUGGGUGUGACUUAUUUUCGAAGAGUAAAAAUUAAUUUGAGAGCAAUGGCAGGAAUUAAUUGCGCAGUUUCAACAAGCUCACGUCAAUUAUUACUACACAUGAGAGGAUUCACGUGUCCGUUUUCAUCAAAGAGUACAGACGAGAUCAGCGAGAGUCCGAGAUUACGUGAAUUCAGGAAAAAAUUACGCGAACGCGCUCCUAUAGAGAAAUUGGACGAGCUGGAGGAGGGCAAGCAUCCUUAUCAGGAGAAAGAACCCCUGAAACCAUUCCCGAACAACACAAAUCCAGAAACAGGUGAAGUCGGAGGUCCCCGUGGACCGGAGCCGACUCGUUAUGGCGAUUGGGAAAGAAAAGGUCGUGUGACGGACUUCUGAAUCAUCUUCGUUUGAA